CGCGGACGUACAUAUAUGCCAUUGCAUCACCCUCUCCGCACGUGUGAAGCAAAGCCCAUUGACUGUUCUUUAUCCGCCAUCCUUCGCUAAGCGGUAACAAGUCGUUCAUGUUGCAUUCCUCCGCUUCAUUGUUCUCUCCAUCCUCUCUCCCCGCCCGCCUAUGAUAAGGUAACGCUAUGGGAAAGCAGCAGAACCCAGCUCUGGAGGAGCAUGUCUCCGGACAAUCCAACCAACCAUUGAGCCAGCCUGCCCACUGCCUGAAGUGGAAGCAGGUCGCCGAGGAGCUCAACGCCGAUAUCGAUGAUGGUCUCACCGCGAGCGAGGCCAGCUCGCGAUUGGAACAAUUUGGCAAGAAUGAGCUCGGGGAUGGCAAAGGUGUCAACCCCGGCAAGAUUUUGGUCAGGCAAAUAGCCAAUGCCAUGACCUUGGUCCUCAUUAUUGCCAUGGUCGUGUCCUUCGCCAUUCAGUCCUGGAUCGAAGGUGGUGUCAUUGUCGGUGUCAUCUUCAUCAACAUUGCAGUCGGAUUUUUUCAAGAGUUCCAAGCCGAGAAGACCAUGGAUUCGCUCCGCUCACUCAGUUCGCCAACUGCCCAAGCCGUCCGUGACGGCGAGUCAAAGAGCCUGCCAACCGUCGACAUCGUCCCAGGCGAUUUGGUCGAGUUGAAAACCGGAGACACUAUCCCUGCCGAUGUCCGUCUUAUUGACGCAGUCAAUUUCGAGACUGAUGAGGCUUUGCUCACCGGCGAGUCUCUCCCUGUUCGCAAGGCACACAACGAUGUAUUUGAGCCGGGCACUGGUCCUGGUGACCGCCUCAACGUGGCAUACAGCUCCUCGACAGUCACCAAGGGCCGUGCUACCGGUAUCGUCUUCGCCACUGGUAUGUACACUGAAAUCGGAUCCAUCGCUGCCGCACUUCGAAAGAAGAACAGCAGAGUCAGACCCGUCAAGCGCAACGAGGAAGGCAAGGCCAAGACGUACCGCUACGUUCAAGCUGCCGUCCUUACCUGCACAGAUGCCGUCGGUCACUUUCUGGGCGUCAAUGUCGGAACACCGUUGCAAAAGAAGCUCUCCAGGUUAGCAGUCUUGUUGUUCUUCAUCGCUGUCAUCUGCGCUAUUAUUGUGCUCGGCGCGAACGAAUUCCGCAACCAGAGAGAAAUCAUUAUCUACGCAGUGGCUACAGGUCUUUCUAUGAUUCCUGCGUCGCUGGUUGUCGUGCUCACCAUCACCAUGGCCGCUGGCACCAACCGCAUGGUUGAGCGUCACGUCAUUGUCCGAAACUUGAGGUCACUCGAAGCGCUCGGUGCAGUCACAGAUAUUUGCUCCGACAAGACCGGCACGCUGACUCAAGGUAAAAUGGUGGCGAAGAAGGCUUGGGUCCCCGCACACGGCACAUACACAAUCGAUCAAACCGACGAGCCAUUCAAUCCUACCAAAGGCGACAUUUCCUUCAUCGAGAAAGAGCCACACAAGGUUGAACUCACGGACAAGGACAAGAAGAGUGGCUACGCGGAGUUGUUGCAAAACAACGAUGCUCUCAAGGAUUACCUGCGUGCUGCUUCGUUGGCCAACCUUGCGACAGUACAUCAGACAGAUGCCGGCCAGUGGCACGCACGCGGCGAUCCCACUGAAAUCGCUAUCCAGGUUUUCGCAUCGCGCUUCCAAUGGAACCGUAGAGCAUCCACAGCUGGCGACAAUCCGGCGAUGAAAUUGCUCGUGGAGUUCCCCUUCGAUUCUGACGUCAAGAAGAUGAGUGUCAUCUACAGAGACCUCCACACUGAAAAGAUGUACGCCUUCACCAAGGGCGCAGUCGAGCGCGUGAUUGCUUCUUGCACGACCUAUUUCCCAGAGAACGACAAGCCCGCCGUGGAGAUGACUGAGGAAUACCGCGAAAUCAUCCUGCAGAACAUGGAAGCCCUGGCAAAGCAUGGUCUCCGUGUGCUUGCACUGGCUAGCCGUGACUACGACGAAACCUAUGAAGAGGGCGUUGAAAUCGAUCGCGCUUCGGUUGAGCAAGACUUGGUCUUCCGCGGCCUCAUUGGUCUUUACGAUCCACCACGCCCUGAAUCCGGCCCAUCUGUCCGCCGUUGCCACGAGGCAGGUAUCGAAGUCCACAUGCUUACUGGUGACCAUCCUGGAACUGCCCGAGCGAUCGCUGCACAAGUCGGUAUUUUGCCCUCGAAGAUGAACGAACUCAGCAAAGAUAUCGCAGAUGCGAUGGUCAUGACUGCCUCGCAAUUCGACGCACUCUCAGAUGAUGAAAUUGACGCACUGCCUGUUUUGCCUCUGGUCAUCGCUCGAUGUGCACCAAACACCAAAGUCCGCAUGAUCGAAGCCCUCCACCGACGCAAGAAGUUCUGCGCCAUGACCGGAGACGGUGUGAAUGACAGUCCAUCUCUUAAGCGAGCAGAUGUUGGCAUCGCUAUGGGCCAAGCUGGUUCUGAUGUUGCUAAGGACGCUUCUGACAUUAUCCUGACUGAUGACAACUUUGCCAGUAUCCUCGCUGCUGUUGAAGAAGGACGUCGUACCUUCGACAACAUCCAGAAGUUUGUGCUGCACCUGCUCGCCCAGAACGUCGCCCAGGCUAUUGUUCUGCUCGUUGGUCUCGUCUUCAAGGACGAUGCUGAGCUCUCGGUAUUCCCAAUUUCCCCGAUCGAGAUUCUUUGGAUCAUCAUGAUUACCUCUGGUAUUCCUGAUAUGGGUCUUGGUUUCCAAGAAAAGGCACCUGAUGUUCUGCAACGCCCCCCACAGUCCCUCAAGCGUGGUAUCUUCUCCAUCGAGCUCAUGGUCGACAUGGUCGUUCUUGGACUCUGGAUUGCUGCACUCUGUCUUAGUGCUUUCGUGCUCGUCCUCUACGGCUGGGGAUCCGGUCAAAUCGGCGUCGGCUGCAAUGAGUCGGUCGGCGAUGGUUGUGGGCUCAUCUUCCGCGCUCGUGCAACCGCCUUUGCUUGCCUCACUUGGUUCUCGCUGUUUUUGGCUUGGGAAGUCAUCGAUAUGCGCCGAUCGUUCUUCCGCAUGCAACCAAACUCGGACCGUUACUUCACGCAAUGGAUGCUGGACGUCUGGCGAAACCAGUUCCUCUUCUGGGCCGUCGUGGCCGGUUUCGUACUCAUCUUCCCCAUCCUCUACAUUCCUGUCAUCAGUGACGAAGUGUUCAGGCACAGCGGAAUCGAAUGGGAAUGGGGCAUUGUCUUUAUCGCUUCUGGUCUUUUCUUCGCUGGUGUCGAGGCAUGGAAGUGGGCGAAGCGCAUCUACUUCCGACGACGAGCUUCCAAGAGUGCGAAGGCUGAGGAAGAUUUGGAGACGCGUGUCUUUGAGCGAUACCUUACUCAGAGCUCUAUGGGAGAUGAGAAGAAGGUGUGAUGAGGGAGUUUGUUGAUUGAGAUUCACAUCUGUUCAGUUUCAGCACUCGAGUGUUGAAAGUUUCUCUUUUUGGCACGAAGAAUACGGGAGGAUGAUUGCAGUAGAUUUGCGUCCCGGUCCGGGAGUGCUUACGAUGGCAUGAUUUGAAUUAAUGCAUAGCAUCUGGCGCAGCUUGCUUGGUAGAGAAAGAAUUGUUGGAAGUACACUUUGUGACCAC